GGAUACUAUUAUACCAGCUCAUUCAUCAGCAAGUUUCUCUUGUUUGACAUAAUCUCUUUUUAUCUGUAUAACCACCCUCCAGUUACAGCAACAGCAUGUCCGCCCCUGCCACAUCUGAAGCUGGACCUUCCAGCACCAACCCCCCUUCCGUCGAGGGCAAGAAACAGCCUGUCGUCAUCCUCUGUAUUGGCAUGGCGGGAUCGGGCAAAACGACCCUCAUGCAACGACUUAACUCCCACCUCCAUUCCAAGAAUACCCCCCCGUAUAUUCUCAAUCUUGACCCUGCCGUAACGCACAUGCCUUACUCAGCGAACAUUGACAUCCGGGAUACGGUCGAUUACAAAGAAGUCAUGAAGCAGUACAAGCUCGGCCCCAACGGUGGUAUCUUAACAGCGUUAAAUCUGUUUACCACAAAAUUUGAUCAGGUAUUGGGGUAUGUGGAGAAGCGGGCGGAGACUGUUGACUAUAUCCUUGUGGACACCCCAGGACAGAUCGAAAUCUUCACCUGGUCCGCGUCUGGUGCUAUCAUAACGGAUGCUAUUGCUUCUUCUCUUCCCACCGUCGUUGCCUACAUUGUCGACACACCGCGAACUGCGUCCCCCGUUACCUUCAUGAGUAACAUGCUUUACGCUUGUUCUAUACUUUACAAAACGAAAUUACCAUUCAUCAUAGUAUUCAACAAAAUCGAUGUGCAACCUCAUGAGUUUGCCCUGGACUGGAUGACAGACUUUGAAAAAUAUCAAGAAGCGUUAAACGAUAAGAGCAGAGACGAGCAUGGGGAAGGAAGUUAUGUGAACAGCCUAAUGUCAAGUAUGAACCUUGUUCUGGAGGAGUUCUAUAACAAUUUGAGGGCGGUGGGUGUGAGCGCGAUGACCGGAGAGGGUAUGAAGGCAUUUUUUAGUGCGGUAGAAGAGGCCAGAAAGGAAUAUGAGACCGAUUACAAACCUGAACUAGAUCGUUUGGCAGCUGAGCGGGCCGCACAGACCGAAGCAGACAAAAAAGCUCAGCUUGAGCGUCUUAUGCGGGAUAUGAAUAUUUCGGACUCUCCUCGGUCCGGACCUGGUGGUAACCCCUUUGGUCCUCAUGCCCGUAAUGACCGUGAAGAUCGAUACUAUGAUGACGAGGGCGAAGCGAGUGACAUCGACGAGCAGGAGCAAGAAGCUAUCAGGAGACAAAUGGAGGAAGAAGAAGAAGAUGCAGAAGCGGAAGAAUUGGGCAAGUUGGACGUAGAAGAGCCAGAGAUCGGAAGCUUGGCCGGUGGAGCUGCUGCUGCUGCUGCGAGUCGGGGCGUAACAUGGCCUGCGCCCAGAUAGAUGCAAUGUGUGUACAAUUAGAUAGGCAUGAUGGGUGAUCUAUUUAGUCAAGUUCAGCCAAGUUCAGCUCUGGCAAGACGUCACCGCAAGUCUUCCAGCCCUCCCAACCCAUCGCAACUUUCUCAAGCUUUUCGCCAGCCACCUUCAGAUCAUCGUUGACAACGUAAACAUCAUAUUUGCCCUCCUUCGCGUACCUCAGCUCCUCCUUGGCAGCAUCGAGCCUCUUUCGGAUGGAGGCGUCGGUCUCGGUACCUCGCCCAGACAAACGGGAUUUAAGUUGAGAAAUGGAAGGCGGAGAAAGGAAGAGAAACACCGGUUCGAGGGGAGGGGUUUGGAGCGGGGCCUUAGCCUUUAGCUGAAGGACACCUUGCAGUUCAAUGUCGAGAAUGCAUCGGCGGGGAUGAAGGGCGGUCAAGGCAGCAAAUGUAGUUCCGUAACUUGAAGGUCUUU